AUGGAUGUGUUGAAGGCUGAAAUUGAGAGGAAACGAAAACAGGUCAAAGAUGUGGUAGAUGAGGUUUCUGGUAAGAAAUAUUUCAAGCGAGGUGAACUUGUUGAGAAGCAGAAGCAGGCGUAUUGGCAGAAAUAUAAUAGUAAGCACGGCUUGUGCGUACAAUCAACCAGUAGCACCAACGAAGCAGUCAGUGAUAACGACUCAAAGAAAGAUACGAAUCAUGAAAGCAAGGAGAUCAUUGAUGAAUCCGAUGAUCUUUCUCGAGCCGAAGUUAUUCGACGCCUGCGUACCAGAAGUCAGCCGAUCACUCUGUUCGGUGAAUCCGAAUCUGAAUCAAGGGCGCGUUUACGGAAACUUGAAAUUGAACAGCCUGACAUGAAAGAGGGAUGGAAGAAUGAUUUUCAAUCGGCAAUGAGAGAAGUGGAUCAUGAACUUGUUGAAGAAGUUAUUAAAGGCGAGCAAAAUAGUGCAGGAAAACAUGAUGUUGAUAUGCCUGGAACAGCUGAAGACACAGACUGGGAGAGAAUCGAGGCGAACGCCCAGUUGUUGGGUGAAGGUGAUAAUCCCAACCGAGACUGCGAUAUCAUUCGAGAGUUUUUCAAUUACAUUUUAACACGUUGGGGUAAAGCGUUGAAUGCACGUGAUGAACUCAAGAAAAGGUCUGCGGAAGGGAAGCUAGCCGCUACAAUGCACAAACAAACAAUGGAGCAUUUACGACCCUUGUUGACCAGUCUUGAAAGGCAUACAACGAAUACGGAUAUCCGGGAACAUAUUGUCAAGAUAUGUCGAUUAAUCAUCAUCGAACGUGAUUACAUUAGAGCCAAUAACGCGUACAUGGAAAUGGCGAUAGGGAAUGCCCCCUGGCCCGUUGGUGUUACUCGAUCUGGUCUACAUCAAAGGCCUGGAUCAGCAAAAGCUUAUGUUUCGAAUAUUGCACAUGUUUUGAAUGAUGAAACUCAAAGAAAAUACAUUCAGGCGUUUAAACGUAUAAUGUCGCUAUGUCAACGUUAUUUUCCAACGGAUCCGAGUAAAUGUGUCGAAUAUGUCCGAAAUGAUCCGAAUUUGAAUGUCGAGAUAGACGAUAUUGAGGAUUGUUCGAUCCUACGAAGAACAGUGCCCGUAACGCACCAUAUUUAUGGAGUGCCGAGGACUAUCAAUUCGGCUAAUUAUAUCUAUUUUGUAGUACUUUCGAAGUGCUUGCAACUUCAAAACCCGAAAGCUGUCCAAAUAUUCACAGAUAGUCUGUUGGAAUUGCAUCGUGGUCAAGGACGAGAACUAUACUGGCGUGACACAGUGCAGUGCCCAACCGAAUCAGAAUAUGAACAAAUGGUUUUAGAAAAAACUGGUGGUCUUUUUAGUUUAGCGGUUCGUUUGAUUGAACUGUUCAGUAGCGAAAAAUACCAAUUUGCAUCAUUACUCAACAAUAUUGCGUUAUAUUUCCAAAUCAGAGAUGAUUACAUAAAUCUGUGUUCAACUGACUACGCGAAACAAAAAAGCUUCGCAGAAGAUUUGAGUGAGGGCAAAUUUUCGUUUCCAAUAGUAAUUGCGAUACGACGGGACGAUCCUGAUGAUGAAAUUUUGAAUAUUCUUCGGCGGAAAACCACAGAUUACGAAGUGAAAAAAUAUUGUAUAAGUUUAUUACACGAACGAGGAGCCUUCAGUUACACGCUGAAGCGUUUGCGAAAGCUCUAUGAAUCGAUCUUGACAGAUGUGAAAAGAUUAGGUGGUAAUAAGCAAAUUGAAAGUUUCAUGGAGGAUCUGAAUGGAGUAUUGGCUGAAGAUAGUGGCGGCAAAGAAACUAUCAACACUUCAUGA